AUGUCAGGUGAAUGUUAUGCUAUGUUGCUUCAGCAGAAAGAUAUAAAAAAUGCUUUUCGAUUGAUUAACGAGGCAUAUCUUGUCGUUAAUUUCACACUCUACUCACACAGGGACUUAGUCUUGAUCAUGAAGUCAGAGAUUAAACUGGCAAAACCAAUUUCGAUCAAAAGUUUUGAGUGCAGAAAAAAAAGAUUUUAA